GGACAUGGGAGUGUCUGUUAGGGGUAGUGGAUGUGGGAGUGUCUGGUAGGGGUAGAGGAUGUGGGAGUGUCUGGUAGGGGUAGUGGACAUGGGAGUGUCUUGUAGGGGUAGAGGACAUGGGAGUGUCUGGUAGGGGUAGUGGACGUGGGAGUGUCUGGAGAUGGUGGGAAUCUAGCGAUGCUCUAGAGACACUGAGACUGUUGGACAACUGUCAGUUUUGACAGCGCGUUGGCUCGGUGAUACAUGGAGAUGAAACACAGGAGAACUAUGAGGCAACGCUAUGCUCUAAAACAUGGGAUACUCAAGGAGUUCCUGGCUGAGUUUCUGGGGACUUUUAUCUUGGUUUUGUUUGGCGUUGGGUCUGUUGCUCAGACGGUCCUGAGUCGUAAUGCCAUGGGGGAGACUCUCACCAUCCAUAUAGGCUUCUCUGUAGGACUGAUGAUGGCAGUGUACGUGGCCGGAGGAGUGUCAGGAGCCCAUGUGAACCCUGCUGUCUCCUUGGCCAUGGUGAUCCUGGGAAAACUCAAGUUCUAUAAGUUUCCCGUCUAUGUCACCGCUCAGUUCCUUGGUGCUUUCGCUGGAGCUGCUGCAGUCUUUGGGCUGUAUUAUGAUGCGUUCAUGGACUUCACCAAUGGGAUUUUAUCAGUGACUGGUAUUAACGCCACCGGUCACAUCUUUGCCUCUUACCCUGCCAGGUCCCUAACCAUCCUCGGAGGCCUCAUAGACCAGGCAGCGGGAACAGGCAUGCUGGUGUUGUGUAUCCUGGCCAUCAACGAUGGGAAGAACAUCGGCGCCCCUAGGGGCAUGGAGCCACUGUGCAUCGGCCUGAUCAUCAUGGCUAUCGGGGUGUCCAUGGGGCUGAACUGUGGGUACCCCCUCAACCCUGCCAGGGACCUGGGGCCACGGCUCUUUACUGCUGUAGCAGGCUGGGGCUGGGAGGUGUUCAGCACGUCAGACUACUGGUGGUGGGUCCCGGUGGCGGGGCCGAUGAUAGGGGGCGUGGUCGGGGCCCUGGUUUACUUCCUGUUCAUCGAGAUGCAUCACAAACAGCCUGAGAAACCCCACGAGGAGGAAGAGGAGGAGGACGAAGAGGAGGAAGAGGAUCUGGAGGAGGACAGCAGUCUUAAGGACAAAUAUGAGAUGAUUACCAUGAGUUAAAGAGUCAGAGAGAUUCAUUCACUUGUCAAGGACUAUAAAAGAAACGUCCGUCUGUCUGGUUCAGAUCAAUGUUACUGUAAAGUCAAUCAGGAGAGGAAUGUCAUGUUGGGAGACACACACACACACACACACACACACACACACACGACAGGACAGGCUUGCUCUCUCAGUGUGCUAUGGUGAAAUCCUGUGGUAGAGGGAGUAGAAGAGUUAUAACCUGUUGUUACAUGUCAUAGCCUUUAGUAACCAGACCGGUAUGCUACGUAUGAGUGAAUGAUCAGAGUACGGUUUAUAGCCUGUUGUUACAUGUCAUAGCCUUUAGUAACCAGACCGGUGUGCUACGUAUGAGUGAACGAUCAGAGUACGGUUUAUAGCCUGUUGUUACAUGUCACAGCCUUUAGUAACCAGACUGGUGUGCUACGUAUGAGUGAACGAUCAGAGUACGGUUUAUAGCCUGUUGUUACAUGUCAUAGCCUUUAGUAACCAGACCGGUAUGCUACGUAUGAGUGAAUGAUCAGAGUACGGUUUAUAGCCUGUUGUUACAUGUCACAGCCUUUAGUAACCAGACCAGUAUGCUACGUAUGAGUGAACGAUCAGAGUACGGUUUAUAGCCUGUUGUUACAUGUCACAGCCUUUAGUAACCAGACUGGUGUGCUACUUACGAGCGACUGAUCACAGUACAAGGCCUUUUAGUCCGCUGCUGAUGGGCGCUCCAAUAGUCAGUCUACAUGGAGAAACCCUGUCGAACAGGUUAUUGCUACUGUUUAAAUUGGUAAAGAUACAGAAUGGUUAGUUCAUAAUGAUGUGCUUAUAUGUAGCAAUCCGCAACACUGGAAAAGUAAUAUUAUGUAUAUAUAAUAUUUCGCCCUUUACGAUUCCAUUUGGACUACACCUCUGUCAGUUUUAUGUAAAUGAGAUUCCAUUUGGACUACACCUCUGUCAGUUUUAUGUAAAUGAGAUUCCAUUUGGACUACACCGCUGUCAGUUUUAUGUAAAUGAGAUUCCAUUUGGACUACACCUCUGCUAGUUUUAUGUAAAUGAGAUUCCAUUUGGACUACACCUCUGUCAGUUUUAUGUAAAUGAGAUUCCAUUUGGACUACACCUCUGUCAGUUUUAUGUAAAUGAGAUUCCAUUUGGACUACACCUCUGUCAGUUUUAUGUAAAUGAGAUUCCAUUUGGACUACACCGCUGUCAGUUUUAUGUAAAUGAGAUUCCAUUUGGACUACACCUCUGCUAGUUUUAUGUAAAUGAGAUUCCAUUUGGACUACACCUCUGUCAGUUUUAUGUAAAUGAGAUUCCAUUUGGACUACACCUCUGUCAGUUUUAUGUAAAUGAGAUUCCAUUUGGACUACACCUCUGUCAGUUUUAUGUAAAUGAGAUUCUAUUUGGACUACACCUCUGUCAGUUUUAUGUAAAUGAGGUUCAUGCAGACAAUUAACCCAGACCCAUUUGAUGACGUUUUUGUUGUUGUAGUAAUGUCUGCGUUGUAAUUGCAGAAGGUAUAGCUUUAAUGUAGGCUUUUAUUGCAAUUUUUGACCAUACACUUCAUACUCUGUGCACUGAAAGAGACCACGUGCGUAUCUAAGGAAACCAUGAGAAAUAACAAAUAUAACAACAACUACUGUUACAAUUCAUGAAUUUAUGUAUGACAGUUAAAAGUUUUGUUGCCAUUGUAUAAUAUUCAAUUAUUAUGUUUGUUUAUUGUUGUGCUUUUUCUGUUUUUGAUUUUGUAUUGUUGUCAUGGAAAUAGUAUCCAAACUAUUUCAAUGUGACAAAUGUAUUCCUGUUUGUGUAAACAAAUAUUAU